AUGGCUCUACUUACUGCAGCAGCCCGGUUCUUGGGAGCCAAGAACUCAUCCUGCCUCGUCCGUGCUGCCUGGCCAGCCAGAGCUUCUUCCACAAAUUUGAAAGAUAUACUGAGCAAUCUGAUACCUAAGGAGCAGGCCAGAAUCAAGGCCUUCAGACAGAAGCAUGGGAAGACAGUUGUGGGCCAAAUCACCGUGGAUAUGAUGUACGGCGGCAUGAGAGGCAUGAAAGGACUUGUGUAUGAGACAUCGGUUCUUGAUCCUGAAGAGGGCAUCCGUUUCCGAGGCUACAGUAUCCCCGAAUGCCAGAAACUGCUGCCGAAGGCUAAGGGUGGGGAAGAACCCCUGCCCGAGGGCUUAUUUUGGCUGCUGGUAACUGGACAGAUGCCCACAGAGGAACAGGUGUCUUGGCUCUCACAAGAGUGGGUGAAAAGGGCAGCCCUACCUUCUUACGUGGUCACCAUGCUGGACAAUUUUCCAGCCAAACUGCACCCCAUGUCUCAGCUCAGCGCAGCCAUCACAGUCCUUAACAGUGAGAGCAACUUCGCCCGGGCAUAUGCAGAGGGAAUGAACCGAGCUAAGUACUGGGAGCUCAUCUAUGAAGACUGUAUGGACCUCAUUGCUAAGCUACCGUGUGUUGCUGCAAAGAUCUACCGGAAUCUGUACCGGGAGGACAAGAGCAUUGAGGCCGUUGACACUAAGCUGGACUGGUCCCACAAUUUUACCAACAUGUUAGGCUACACGGACCCUCAGUUCACCGAGCUCAUGCGUUUGUACCUCACCAUCCACAGUGACCAUGAGGGUGGUAAUGUAAGUGCCCACACAAGCCAUUUGGUGGGCAGUGCCCUUUCAGACCCUUACCUGUCCCUUGCAGCAGCCAUGAAUGGGCUGGCGGGGCCUCUGCAUGGACUAGCAAAUCAGGAGGUGCUUGUCUGGCUGACACGGCUACAGAAGGAAGUUGGCAAAGAUGUGUCCGAUGAGAAGUUACGAGACUACAUCUGGAAUACACUCAACACAGGGCGGGUUGUCCCAGGAUAUGGCCAUGCAAUACUAAGGAAGACUGACCCUCGGUAUUCCUGUCAGCGAGAGUUUGCUAUGAAAUAUCUGCCUCAGGAUCCCAUGUUUAAGCUGGUUGGUCAGCUGUACAAGAUUGUGCCCAAAAUCCUCUUAGAGCAAGGGAAGGCUAAAAACCCUUGGCCCAACGUAGACGCUCACAGUGGGGUGUUGCUCCAGUACUACGGCAUGACGGAGAUGAAUUACUACACAGUCCUGUUUGGAGUGUCGAGGGCACUGGGUGUGCUGGCCCAGCUCAUCUGGAGCAGAGCCCUAGGCUUCCCUAUAGAAAGGCCCAAGUCCAUGAGCACGGAUGAUCUGAUAAAGUUUGUGAACUCUAAGUCAGGAUAA